UGCAUCUUUAUCAAGGCGUUUAAGGCGUUUUAGGCUCUCAGUACCAGCUGAGGAGGUCAUUUGUUUGCUUUCACCGAGUUACGAUGCUGAUCUCCGGGGGACUGGGCUUUGUGCUGCUGCUGGCAGCAGCGGCGACCUCCGAGCGAUUGGACUACUACUACAAAUACCAUCCCAUGGAGGAGAUCAGCCGCUGGAUGAGCCAGAUGCAAACGGAUCACCCCGACGUCGUCACCUUAGUGGACUAUGGACAGACCUACGAGAAGAGGACUAUUAGCUUAAUGAAGAUUGGGCUGAAAACCGACGCAAAAAAGAAAGCUGUGUGGAUGGACUGCGGCAUACACGCCAGGGAAUGGAUCGCUCCGGCCUUCUGCCAGUACUUCGUCAAGGAGAUUCUUCAAACAUACAAAACAGACCCGAAGAUGGAACUGAUGAUGAAGAACAUGGACUUCUACGUCACGCCGGUGCUCAACAUAGACGGCUACAUCUACUCCUGGAAGGACGCCACAACCCGGCUGUGGAGGAAAAACAGGUCUCCAGGCCCGUCGGCAGGCUGCUACGGUGUCGAUCUCAACCGCAACUUUGACGCCAACUGGGCCACCGUCGGAGUGUCAUCAAACUGCAGCAGCGAAAUAUACUGCGGGACCCGGCCCAUAUCUGAGCCCGAGGCCCAAGCUGUCACCUACUUCUUGGGAAGUCGGGCGGAAGACUUCCUGUGUUUCCUCACCAUCCACUCCUACGGCCAGCUGCUCCUGGUUCCCUACGGAAACCCCAACUUCACCGCCCCCAACUACGACGAGCUGAUGGAGGUCGGGCGGGGAGCCGCCGCAGCCAUCUUGAAGGUCCAUGGCAGGAACUACACGGUCGGAACCUCCCCCGAUGUCUUAUACGCCAACUCCGGCUCGUCCAGGGACUGGGCGCGCCAGCAGGGCAUCCCCCUGACCUACACCUUCGAGCUGAGGGACAACGGCACGUUCGGCUUCAAGCUUCCCGAGGACCAGAUCCAGCCGACCUGCGAGGAGGCGUACAGCGGAGCUCUGCACAUCAUCAGCUACGCCCACGACAAGGCCUUCAACGGCGCCGCCGCCGCCACGGCAACCGUCUGGAGCGUGCUGCUGGCGCUGGGCACCGCCAAGGCCACCCUCCUGUGAUCUCAUCUGCUCCACCUGGCACUGAUAUCUAACUCCUACACUUUAAGCUGAAGGCA